ACAGAGACCAGAUAUACCCAUUACAUAAAGCAUUAGCUACCCAUUAGUUAUUGACGAAGGUUUAGCACUUACCACUACUUAGCAGCAGCAAUAGCUCGUGAGUCUUUGUUGCUAUUAUCGAUUCGUGGCUGUAAAUUUCUAAUGAUGGCUUCCUCAUUCUCCUCUGUUGUUGUUCCUUCGAUGGCGUCCUUCAGCGCCUUCCCUUCUCCAUCCUCAUCUCCACUUCUCUUUCCCUUCAAACACAGCAAUCGUUUAAUGAUGGGUUACCAAAAAACAGCUCGUCCGGUGGCGCUUAACUGUUCUUCUUCUGAAAUAAGUCCAUUAUCUGACCCAAUGCAUAUCAGGCAGCCUCAAAUGUCUACUGUGACGCCUUUUGGGCUGAAAAUGGAUGAAGCUGGAAUGUCCAAGCCUUCGUAUAAAUGGCAAAGGGUGCUGCUUAAAGUUAGUGGAGAAGCACUUGCUGGUGAUCAGAAACAAAAUAUUGAUCCGAAGGUUACAAUGGCCAUUGCAAGGGAAGUGGCAUCUGUGACUCGGCUUGGCAUUGAGGUCGCUAUUGUGGUUGGUGGUGGGAACAUUUUUCGUGGAUCUUCUUGGGCGGGCUGUAGUGGUCUGGACCGUUCAUCUGCCGAUUACAUUGGGAUGUUAGCAACUGUUAUGAAUGCAAUUUUUCUGCAAGCAACAAUGGAGAGCAUUGGCAUUGCAACACGGGUCCAGACUGCAUUCCGCAUGUCUGAAGUGGCAGAGCCUUACAUUAGAAGAAGGGCUGUCAGGCAUUUGGAGAAAGGACGGGUGGUGAUCUUUGCAGCAGGGACUGGGAACCCAUUCUUCACAACAGAUACUGCAGCAGCCCUCCGUUGUGCAGAAAUUAAUGCAGAGGUUUUGCUGAAGGCUACAAAUGUUGAUGGGGUCUAUAAUGAUGACCCUAGGCAUAAUCCAAGUGCUUGCCUCUUAGAAAAUGUAAGCUAUCAGGAUGUGACAUCAAAGGAUCUUUCAGUGAUGGACAUGACGGCAAUAACUUUGUGUCAAGAAAACAACAUUCCUGUUGUUGUCUUCAAUCUAACAAAGCCUGGUAAUAUCUCCAAAGCCAUUAUGGGAGAGAAAGUUGGCACUUUGAUUGGGAGGUCUUGGAAUGAACUCGCUUCAAAGAUGUGAACGCAGGACUUCUCAUCCUAGUGGUUGGGGUGACCAUUUUUAAGUUUUACCGUGACUUGUAGUUUUGAAUUUGCUGACAGUGUUUAUAUGGCUUUUGAGGGCUAACUGAACCAACAUCGGAAUGAGGCUGAAGUGCAAGAUGAAAUUUGAUGGUUCUCUGAAUCUGGAGGAUUGGUUUUUACUAUCUCGUGUACUUGAUUCAGCACUGAUGAUGACAACUGACUAGUGAAGAGUGAUUACGUAAAUAACAAUAUAACUUCUAUAGAGCUACUAGGUUUAUUGUCUGAAACUUAUUUGAAGCAUUCCAUUCUGAAAAGAAGAUUUUGUAUUUGGUUUGCUUUAGGACUUUAUUUUGGAAACUGUCUUCUUGAGAACAAUAAAAUUUGCAUUUGAAUUGUUCCCUCA